CGCAGCAGUCAGUCGAGUUUGGAGCGUCCAUCUGGAUAGUUUUUAAUAUUUACAUCAUGACGCGUAUCGUUGUAGAAGGAACCGUCAUUAACCUAUUAAACAUAUAUCAUAGUCUUCUUUGAACAAGCACAACGAAGGAUUUAUUUCCAAUUAACAGUGAUUAAAAAACGUGAAUGAAGAUACUAUUAGUAGAACAUUAACCAAUGAUUAUGUACCGCAUUAUUACGCAGAACUACGCAUGCGAGCUGCUUAUCCUUUCAUCGUUCAUCGAUGAGUUGGACGCUAACUCAGUUGAUUGAAAUAACGUCAUAGUGCGCAUAUUUAUAGCUCUAAAUAUUAUUACGUAUUACUAAAUAUUAUUUCAAUUAUUUUCUCUUCUAUCAAAAGUGACGAUUUUUUCGUGGGAAAAGAAAUAUGACGGAGGCACGUAAAAGGAUACAACACGAAGACUCCUCUAACGUUACUGGUAAUAGCAUUUUAAGAAAUCAUUCUUGGAGUCAAGCAUUUGAUAGCGAGGAAGGAGAUGAUGGAAAUGAGAAUGGACUUCUUCACACCGACUCAAGCUGCAAUCGACCAAUCGCAGAAAGACGUGAUAAUUGCGCCAUGACGACCUUCGCUGAAGACAAAAUGAGGAGGAAGCUUAGAUUCUUUUUCAUGAAUCCCAUCGAGAAAUGGCAAGCCAAACGAAGAUUCCCGUAUAAGUUCGUCGUGCAAGUCAUCAAAAUAGUUUUGGUCACCGUACAACUUUGCCUGUUUGCUCAUAACAAUUAUAUACACGUCAAUUACACGUGGGACAACCGUAUUACAUUUUCACAUCUCUUUCUACGUGGAUGGGACACCACGCAAGAGGUACCUGCCUACCCUCCUGCGACCGGUCCAUUAGCUCUCUACAAAAAGGAUGAAUUUUUCGACACCAUCGAUUAUGCUUUAAAUGGCUAUUAUAAUCUUAAUAAUUCCAUCGGUUCUUAUUCUUACAACGCUGAAGAUAAUACCGCAGGAUCUGUGGAAUUAUGUUUAUACUCGUACAAAGAAAGCACCAUAUUCGGCUUCAACGAAAGUUAUGUCUUCGAUAAAGAGAUUAUAAAAACCUGCGUGAACAUAACUAGGCAAUAUCAUGACAAUUUCAAUAACUCGAGAAAUCUAUUGUCUAUGCAAAAUGUUAUUGUAAAUUUCUCUGCUUUGGUAAGAGCAUAUUUGAAGUUCGCCGUUAAAACUGUUAAUCUAAGAGCUGCUGGCCCAAUGACACCACCGGAUUGUUAUCAGUUCGAUAUUAAAAUAAUCUUUGAUAAUCGUGAUCAAGACGGACAAAUGUUAUUAUCAUUGGAUACUGAACCGCAAAGAUUAUAUUGCAAGGGUGACACUCGAUAUAUCAUGGACAAUCAAAUCGAAUCUGCUUUGAGAACAUUAUUAAAUUUACUCGUCAUAUUUAUCUGUACUAUUUCCCUUGCAUUAUGCUCAAGGGCUAUUUUCAGAGCACAAUUACUCAAAUCCGAGACGAUAAAUUUUUUCAAAAAGACAUACGGAAAAUCAUUGAGUUUCGAAGGUAGAUUGGAAUUUUUGAACCUUUGGUACAUAAUGAUAAUAAUAAACGAUCUUUUAAUCAUCAUCGGUUCUGCCGUGAAAGAGCAAAUAGAGAGAAAAUAUUUUGGUAGCGAUCAUUGGAACGUAUGUAGUAUAUUUCUAGGUACGGGAAAUUUACUUGUAUGGUUUGGCGUGUUACGAUACCUUGGCUUUUUCAAAACUUACAACGUCGUCAUUUUAACGUUAAAAAAGGCUGCACCUAAAGUAGCUAGGUUUCUUAUAUGCGCUAUAUUGAUAUAUGCCGGGUUUACUUUCUGUGGCUGGUUAAUUUUAGGCCCGUAUCAUAUGAAAUUUAGAUCACUUGCUACGACUUCCGAAUGUCUAUUUGCUCUUAUUAACGGUGAUGAUAUGUUUGCCACCUUUUCAAUAACGUCUUUCAAAUCACCGAUGCUUUGGUGGUACUCGAGGAUUUAUUUAUAUACGUUUAUUUCUUUGUAUAUUUAUGUCGUUUUAAGUUUAUUUAUUUCUGUGAUAAUGGACGCCUAUGAUACGAUAAAGACCUAUUAUCGAGAUGGCUUUCCAAAAAAUGACCUGCAAACGUUCAUAUCCGCUUGCACGGAUGAUGCAUCGAGCGGCCUGUUCAGAGAUGAAUGUGAUAAAAAUGAUAUUACAGAGCUUAUAGAUAGGUUUUGUUGUUGUCGAAAAAGAUCCUCUUACGGAUCUUUCUCUGGAUCAACCACAGAUACCUCUGCAAAAACCGAACAAGUAUAUGGAGCAGCCAUCUGUAUAUAGUUUCUUAAGGGAUCAUUUUCCCCGCACAAAUUAUGGCUCCAAUGCUACGUCAUUAUUGUAAUGAAUAUUUAGAAAGAAUUAGAGUUUCUUUUUAGAAUAAAAGAAAAGGAAAGUGUGUAAAUUCUUGUGCAUUUAUCGAUGCUAGAUGAUUUAUUCAUAGGUGUAUUCAAUGGUGCUAGCAUUAUGUAAGAUCUUUAAUUACCACAACGGAAUAGUAAAAAGAAUUUGAACAUUUUGUUUCUGAUAAAAUUAUACUUUUCUCUUUUUUUUUUUUUUUUUUCUUGUUUUAAUUAUAUCUUACAUCAUUUAUUACAGUUUUUAUUCAAGGAAGAAUAGAUAGAAGAUCUUCUCUUGUAUACGAUAUAGUUGUAUUAGAAAGAUUUAUCUUUCUCAAAAAAAGCUAUGCCAUAUUUUUAUGAUGAUGUUUAAUAGGAGAAUUAACGUUUUCACGAUAACGUAUUGUAUUUUUAACUGCUGUGACUAACUGCCACGAUAAUUUCCGAUUCAAGCCGUUAUUAUAAGUUUUUUUAAUAAUAAUGAAAUUCUAAAUUCAAGUAAUUAUUUACUUGAAUUCAUUUGCCAUUACCUUCGAUCAAGUACGAUCAUAAAAAAUAUUAAGAUCAAUAAUUUCGAGAAUGACAAUAAUAUAUGAUUA